UUAUCUAAUAAAAAGCACGUAUUAUUAGCUUACUGGGAAGACGCGCGUACGAUUACCUUUUUACAUGGAAAUGAAGGAAAUGCCUUUUAUAUCAACGCGUGCGAAAUCCAUGCAAAGAUACACAAGUCGCCUAGAUAAAUAUCUGACAAGACUUAAGGCGAAUCCCUUUCAUAAAACGAAGAAUCCACAGGGAAUCAUUGAAAUGAUGACCAGUGAAAAUCCAUUGGCAUUUGAUCUGCUAAAGGAGAAGUUAGAGGAAAAGGAAUCAUAUAAUAUACUUCAAGAACAUACACAAUAUUUUUGCUGUGAAGGAUUAGAAAGUUUUAGAGAAGCAAUAGCAGACUUUUUAAACCAUUACAUGAAACCUGUGGAGCCUAUUCUUGCAGAGAAUUUGAUUGUUUCCAAUGGAUGCACACCAAUAUUGGAUUCCCUAGGAUAUGUAAUUGCUGAUGCAGGAGAGGGUUUGUUGAUCCCUUCUCCAUUUUAUGGAUCAUUUACCUUGGAUUUUCAAACAAGAUCAAGGGUUAUACCUUUUCCAGUUCCACUUUCCAGUGAGAUUGGUCCUGGAGAGACUCAGCCAUUUGAACUUACUGUAGCAAGACUAGAAUGUGCUUUGAAGAAGGCAACAGAGCAGGGUGUAAAAAUCCGUGGUUUACUACUGUGCAACCCAAACAAUCCACUGAGCACUACAUAUUCUGAAGAACUCUUACAAGAUUGUUUAAAGUUUGCAGCAAGGCAUUCAUUACAUGUCAUUGUGGACGAAGUGUAUAUGUUGUGUGGAUUCAAAGAAGGCUGCUCUGUAACAAAUGUGCUGAGUUUAAAAAAUGUUCCGGACAAGAAGAUGAUUCAUGUCAUAUGGGGUUUUAGUAAGGAUUUUGGUUUAUCUGGAUUUCGCUGUGGUGUUCUUCAUACUUUGAACAAAGAUGUUUACCAAGCGAUUUCUUCAGGAUAUUCGAGAUUCCAGGACCUACCGACUCCCACGCAGAUUCUCUUGACAAAUCUCAUCAAAGACAAAGAUUGGUUAGAUGAAACUUUUAUUCCAACGAAUCAAAAACGGCUUCGAAACGCUCAUCAGAUGGCUUGUGAUGCUCUUCAUGAAGUUGGUAUUCCAGUUCUUCCGGGGGAAUGUGGGCUGUAUAUAUGGGUUGAUUUCAGAGAGGUUCUUCCGACAAACACUUUUGAAGGAGAGAUGGAACUGUUCGAUCGCUUCUUAGAUAAUGGAGUGGCCUUUUAUCCAGGGGCGUGGUUCCUCUGCGCUGAGCCUGGCUGGUUUAGACUAGUAUUCGCCAUGGAGUCAGAAAUUCUUCAAUUAGGGCUCAGUAGAAUUCAGCAAACAGUGAGGCAAGCCCGCGCCGAUAUUGCGUCUGGGUAGGAGGAGAAAGCUCUUAAAACAUAGAAUAUUCGCAUUAUCAAGGGUCUCACCACCAGAUGCAGAACAGUGGCAGGCUGAAUAAAAACACUUUUUAAAUAGGAAUGGGAUUGCCAAAGAAUCGUAGCAACUCCCUGAUGAUUGGUUACAAAUGAUAUUAUAAAUAAUAUUUUUAUUUUUUUAGUUCCUUACAAUAGUCACACUAUAAUAGUGCUAAUGGAGGAAAGCAAAGGCUCCAAUGGAGUACAAUUCAGACUUUAACACUACAACUUAUGUAUAUAACAUCAGAAUCAUAAUAUCGAAACUAAGUACGCAAUGAAAUGU